CCUUACAUGACAAUUCACUACGGCUAAACUGAAUUGACUGUACAUCUGAACGUUACAAGGCAGUUUACACUUCUCAAUUUUAAGUUCUCUGUUUUCAGAAAUGGUCCGUCCGACAUUGCACUGUGCUAAGGCUCUGCAGCUCACCCUUGCUGUUAUCAAGCCAGAUGCUGUCGCUCAUCCCUUGAUAAUGAAGGCUCUUCAUCAGAGAAUCUUGGAGAGCAACUUUAUCAUUGUAAGGAGAAAAGAUCUUAAAUGGAGAAGACAAGAUUCUGAAAGGUUCUACGCAGAGCAUUCAGGACGAUUCUUCUACCAAAGGCUGGUUGAAUUCAUGUCAAGCGGGCCAAUGAGAGCUUACAUCCUUGCCAGAGAAGAUGCCAUUGCACAUUGGCGCGAGUUGAUGGGUCCAACCAAAGUGUACCGAGCACGCUACACCUCACCAGACACGAUCAGGGCACAGUAUGGACUCACAGACACCAGGAACACCACCCAUGGAUCAGAUUCAGUGGAGUCUGCCCACCGUGAAAUUGCCUUUUUCUUCCCAGAGUUCCAGAUAGAGGACUGGAUGAAGAAGGAGGAGCCAUGUUUUAGGACAGGGCAGAUUUGGUACGAUGAACAAGGGCAAAUCCAUACCUUAUUUGAAUAGAGCAGAGCUGACCAAUAAAUGGCUUUCUCUAAAGACUUACUAAGGGGCAUUUCAUGGU